UUGUUUAUCUCUGUGCAGUUCUUUUUUUUUUGUCCAGCGUAACUUCCCCUACUGGAAAUAUGGCUUCCAGAAUAGCAACAGCUGCCCCUCUUUCUCUCUGAUGAGAAGUUCCAAAUCGACUGAUUAAGUUUCUGUGUAGCGAUGCCCCUGUGAGACUCGUGUAGCUUUAUGCUGCUGUUCUACUGUUCUUGCUAAUUCAAGCUUUAACAAGGCAUGGCCUCUGGGAAUGGGAGAAAUGGUUCAAAAUCCCCUCCAUAUGAGUUAGCACCUCCACCAUCAUUGGCUGCUGCAAGGCGUAAAAGUCCUCUUACAACAUCAGAGUCUCAGGAGGUAUCUACCAGACCCCCACUUCUGGACAGAGAACCUGCGAGCACGCCUCCUCCAAUACCCCCUCGGAGAGCAAGUCUCAACCGCAGAAGUGAUGAUUCUAAGCCAAUUAAUGAAAAUUCCAUCCUGUUCAGUACUGAAGGACAGGGAGUGAAGAAGACAGGUGUCACCAAGUCUAAUUCAUUGUACACAAAAGACAGUGCUCCAAUAUUCCCAGCUGCCCAGCAGAACCAAAAUAGGAUGUCUCUUCCAGUAGGUGAGAGUAAUCCAACAGCAGCAUUUCAUCCAGAUUUGGAAGGGCUCGACUUUAACGCCAGUGGUGGGACAUUUGCGGACCCACAUGAUGGCACACAGCUUCGCAGUGCCUCCAUGGAAGAUUUAAAUAACAUUAACAAACCUAUGUACCCUGAUAUAAGUCAUGCCUUCCGGGAGAUCACAGGUAAUCGCUACAACUAUCCAACUUUGGCCCCACCGUACCCAGCUAACAACAUGAUGCCCGUACUCCCAAGUGUGAGUGGUUCACAGGCUGGGGUGGGUGUUGGCCGGCCCCCACCUAUGGAAUCCACCUCAAACUUUGGUUGGGUAACCCCAACAUCCAACCCUUGUCCACAAGGACCUUCUGGGCAGCCCCCAGGAUUCCCACUGUCCCACCAACCCAUGCCUGCUUCUUUACCUUACCCACAGCAGCAACAGCCUGGCAGUUUCACACCAAAUGCUUUCAAUGGACGGGCCCCACCUGGCAUUGGCUUCUCUUCUUCCCCGAACAACAUGUUCAUACCCUUCAACACCACUCCAGGGGGACCUCUCCUGGUGAAAAAUGAAGCGUAUAACUUCCCUAUUGGGUUAAAUUCAUCCGCUGCUUAUGAUUCGGCCACUUCAAAUAAUUUCAACCCUUCAAACAAUUUUAACUCCUCGAACAAUUUCAGUGAAAAUAGAGGUUUUAACACCAACACUCCCAUUCAGAGCAGCUUUCCGUAUGUGCCAAAUAUCUCCCUUCCCCGACCAGCAAGUCUUGGGGACGUUCUUGAAGCCUCACGGGAGUCCUCCCUGUCACCAAUAGAUAAUCAAAGCCACCCUAUAGUGGUGGCAGGUUUCGAUGAACGCCUUGCGUAUGUAGCACCUAGCACUGAUGAGCCGUCUGAGGGCAGGGAUCUCAUUAAACUAGGUGUAACUUUGCCGGAGCAUGAAUACCUGUCUCUGGAUUACUUUGAUCCCCUCUACUCUCGGGGCAGAAGGGAGUCUAUAUGUCUCAGCAACAGCCCUGCCUCUAUAAACCAUGCUCAACAGACUAAUUAUUCAUUUGGAGAAGCGUUUCCCAAUGUGUACCAAGCAGAUUUUCCCCCUGGAAGUGCUGCAGUGCCUUCUGCCUCCGCAGCCUAUGACCACAAAAAGAAUGAUGACCACAUAUGGAUGCCUGUAAAAGGUAGCAGUGUCCAGCAGCAGUCUAAACCUCCCCCGGGAAUUGGGUUUGAGGCUUUUGAUUUUGACGCUUUUGGCCAUGCAAAGUUUGGCACAAGCGAUGAAGAGUUCUUAAGAGGGUCUGCUCAACUCUCAAAUUCAGCACCAGCUCUUCCCACAGCAGCUUAUGAUGCUUUUGAAACCACCAGUAAAAAAGUCAGUGGAGAGAAACCACAGCGCCCUCCAUCAUGGAAGGUUCCUCAGGGAAAACAUUAUGAAAGACUACGGAAGCGUACAUUUAUUGAUCCAGAGUCAGAAUCGUUUUGUCAGAUGGUUGCUGACCUGAAGCGACAGUACCUGUCCACUGAUGAGAAAACCAACCAAGGUUAUCUGGUCAACCAAAUACGGGACAGCCAUCUUGGCUCCAUACAGGUCAAACUGACUGUCCACACGCAGUUUUCUGAAGACCCAGUGUCUUUCACCUGUGAUACCAGUGCCCUUGUGGAGCAUGUGAUAAGCCAUGUGCUCUGCACUUUGUCUCCCAAUGACCUGCAGGCCAACACGGACAGCUAUAUCCUCAAAGUUUACGACAGAGCAGAGUAUUUCUGCAAUGAUCUUCCUCUUGCUAAGUUUGACUACACUCACUCGUGCCUGAAGCUGGACAGAGACAUUGACCUGGAACUGAUCAGCUGUGAGGAGGUUACCCGACCAUUUAUCAGAACUAGAGAUGAUGACAUCCAGAUGCUUUAUUUUCCAAAGGAGUACAUCAAUGCUGAAGGCAAAGCUGUCUCACAAGAUGCCUUGGCUGUUUACAUUGACACGUUCUAUCAUGAGGUUGAUGUCUUACUAGAGCACUUCUCCAAGGACGGGACAGGCACUUUCCACACACUGGGGCUACAGCAGUCGGUCAAAGCUCUGUGUGUUAACCUAGCCAGAGUAGAGACCACAGACAUCAUCAAGGCCCUGGAGAAGCUGGACAAGAAAGUGUCUGAGCUGGCAAGUCCCAGUUCCCAGACUUCCAACAUGUACAAGGACAGUGGAGUUCAGGACAGAGAAACACAAGAUGCUAUCAAUGUUGCUGUACGCUGCUCCCUGGUGGAGGAUCUGGAGGAGGCUGCUGACCAGUUGGUGGAGGCGGUCAAGAGACUAGUCAGGAUGUACUGUCGGACUUUCCUCACCGACUUCUUUUUGGGCUCUUCCAUUGAAAUUCCCCACGAUCACCAAGAAGUCGUGAAGGUCAAGGACAACUUUAUCGCCUGCAUCGCUUCAGCGCAUCGCAUUCCAAACACCUGGGCCAACAAAUUUGAGGAAUACAAGAUAGUCUGCAGCUUAUAUUAUGGCACAAAAAGGCUUAUCCCAGAUCUUGCGACUUCAUUGAAACCUCUAACAAAUGGGCUCUGUGAGAGAAUCGUUUGGGAUGAAUGGCUGCAGUUUGAGCAGACGUACUUGUGCACCAUGCCGAGGGAGACCCGGCUGUGUAUGGUGCUCUGUGGGGUCAGGAGUGCACAGGGCGGGGACAAGGCAGAGUUCACAGAGGGCAAAAAGGUCAUCUAUCCACUUGGGGCAGCCGCAAUACAGCUUUUCAACGAGAAAGGGUACCUUGUGCAGGGCCCGCAGCUGGUACCUCUAGUGAUGGGUGUGGGGCUUGACCCCAUCAUGCCUUCCUGCAAGACUUUGCUCCCUGAUUCCGUGCUACUGCAGGUGAACUUGCCUGACUUUGAGAGGACCAUCUUUUUCCCUGAGCCUCUGAAUGCUCCGCACAGUCCUGUGAAGUCCUUUGAUAUUUUGGGUUCUGACGUCCGAGGUCUGGUUGUUAACUUGAUGGAGAAGGAAUCAUGCUCAAGCUUCAGUCCGGAGGAGCUGGAGAUCCUGUGGAGUCACCGUCACUACAUGACCGACCAGCCGUCCUUACUGCCACGCAUCUUGCAGGCCGCUCACAGCUGGGACUGGGCCAGCCUCGCUGAGAUUUACUCUCUACUCAAACACUGGAAGACACUACACCCGAUGCAGUCGUUUGAACUGUUAUUGCCUCAGUUCCCAGAUGUAAGAGUGCGACAAUUUGCAGCUGAAAGCCUCAACAAGAUUCCCACGGAUGAUUUGGUGGAUUUUCUACCUCAAAUGAUACAGGGCCUGAAGUUUGAGAGCUACCACAACUCUCCACUGGCCAAACUGCUGUUGGAGCAGUCGUGUAAGAGCCCACGGUUUGCCCAUCAGUUCUUCUGGCUGCUCAAAGGGGUGGCAGCUCAAGAGGCAACCUUCAAGCGGCGCUAUGAGCUGAUGUUUGUCGCCCUGGCCAGUGUUGCUGGGGACGCCCUCUACCAAGAGUUCCGUAAACAGGAAGAGCUGGUCAAGGUCAUGACGAGCAUAGCUGAGAAGGUGGUGUCUGCUAAGGACAAAGAUGCUACCCUUCGCAGAGAAUUGAUGUCUCUACAUGAAAUGCUUGAAGAGAAAGGGAGGGUUGUACUACCAUAUAAUCCCAGUGUUGAAGUCAUAGGAUUAGACAUGAAGUCUUGCUCCUACUUCACAUCAAAUGCGUUCCCCUUGAAACUUGUCUUCAAAAACUCCAACCCAAAAGCAGAUUCUCAUUACGUGAUUUAUAAGGUGGGAGAUGACCUUCGUCAGGACAUGCUGACCUUGCAGAUGAUCCGGAUCAUGGACACAUUGUGGCUGCAGCAGGGCCUGGACCUGAAGAUGAUCACCUUUGCCUGUCUGGCCACUGGACCCAAGAAAGGCGUCAUUGAGUUGAUUACAGAGUCUGAUACACUGAGGAAGAUCCAGGUAUCUUGUGGUGUCACAGGGUCCUUCAAGGACAGACCCAUCAAGGAGUGGCUGCAGAAGCACAACCCGACUGAACUGGAGUACAAAAAGGCAGUAGAAAACUUCACGUACUCGUGUGCUGGUUACUGUGUGGCCACCUAUGUGCUCGGCGUCGGUGACCGCCACAACGACAACAUCAUGCUGAAGCAGUCGGGUCACAUGUUCCACAUUGACUUUAGCAAGUUCCUCGGAGAUGCGCAGAUGUUUGGCAGCUUCAAGAGAGAUCGAGUUCCUUUUGUCCUAACUUCGGACAUGGCCUAUGUGAUCAACGAUGGAGGUCGUCAGGGACACAAGUUCCAGCAUUUUGUGGACCUGUGCUGCCAGGCAUUCAAUAUUCUACGCAAGCAUGCAGACUUGUUUAGGAGUCUUUUUAUUUUGAUGGCUCGAUCAGGCAUCCCCGGAGUGACGGAGCGUGCGGUCCAGUACGUCCAGAACACAUUGUUACCAGGUCAGACUGAUGCCCAGGCCACAGCCACCUUCACUAGGAUGAUUGAAGAAAGCAUGAAGUCGGUGUUCACACAGUUCAACUUUUUCUUCCACAACCUGGCCCAGCUCAAGUUCUCUAGUCACACCGAGGGUGCUCUGCUGUCAUUUGUACCCAAAGUCUACAGCAAAGAGACUGAUGGGAAGAUCACUGUUGUGGAGCUGACUGGCUUCCAGAAGAGAUACACCCCUGAUAAGCAUUAUAUUUUCCUCCUGAAGAUCGAGAGAGAGAACCAGAAAGUCCCCAUGUACGUCUUCCGUCAUUUCCCAGAGUUUGUGGAGUUCAGGGACAAACUGGCUGAGAUGUUCCCGCUAGUGACGUGGCCCAACUUCUCCACGAGAGUGGUGAUUGGUCGCAGUAACAUUCGGACAGUAGCUGAGAGCAGGAAGACAGAGAUCAACAACUUUCUGCGGUACCUGUGGACCAAAGCUGUGGAAGUCUCUCAAUGUGAGCUGGUGUACACGUUUUUCCAUCCGCUGCUGAGGGACGAGCAAGAAGCAGAGAAGACUAAGCUGAACGUGACAAAGCUGCGAGAACCUCUUGUGCAGAGAACGACUAAUGCAGGAAACAGUGGCAUUCAAGGGGACAUCAAAUUGUCUGUCCAGUACAAGCGAGAUGCCCUGCAGGUCAUGGUCAUGCACGUUAGAGGACUGUCUGAGGGCUCCCAGCUGCCCAGCCCCUAUGUGAAGACAUACCUGCUACCUGACCCAGAGAAACAAACCAAGCUGAAAACGAAAAUGGUGAAGAACACGAGCCAUCCCACAUACAAUGAACUGCUCCAGUACCAGCUGCCUCAGCUAGAGAUCUGCCACCGCAUCCUCCAAGUGACUGUCUGGGACUACGACAUGCUCAAGGAGAACAACUUCCUCGGAGCCGUCUACAUCAAGCUGCGUGAGCUCGACCUGGCCAAAGACAACACCACCUGGCACAAGCUGGGUCGCAUGCAGAUGUAGCUUUUGACAGACGAUCUUGCUGCUUUUUUUGCUGUCUCUAUCUCAUGUAUAGUCAAGUCUUCCUCUCUCGUGCCACCGUGGGGAUGUUUUGAAACAAACUUGAGAAUGAAACAAGAUGUGUUUCAAAACUACCUAUUACGAGGCCAAUUUCUUCUCCUGGCAGUUUUGUUGUUAGUUUCCUAUGAAUGAGAUUAUUUGCUUAUAGCAGAAACUUGCCACCUUUUAAUCAGUACAUUUGGAUCAAUAUUGUGUCUUUUCAUAUGGCUGUGCUUUCUUUUUAUUUAUUUCUACUCUGGGUUAAUCAGAACAAGAGUCAUAAUAUUAAUUCCUGUUUCAAUGCUCAGGAAUUGUGAAUGAACUGGUUACACCCUAUGUAAAGCAUAAUGGAAAGUUUUUUUGUUGGAAUUUGCCAGAGCUGAUCAUGACAAUCAUUUUAAUGGCCAUAGAUUAAUAGCUUGGUUAUAUCAGAUGUGCACUUGGCCGCCACAAUGAAACGUCUUGUGACUUUUAAGUGGUUUCUUCAUAAAUAUUUAUCAUGCUAUCUUGGGGAAUGGUGAGGUGCAGGUUGAUUUUUUUUUUCACUACGUAAAGGAAUAAAGGGGGAAAAAGAGAAUUUGAUUUAGAUUAGAAUAAAUCCAUAACUGAAGCCAGUUUGUUCUGGUUACAUGUGUUGUGGACAUCAAAUUUAUCCCCAGCAGGAGCGUUUGCUGGACCCUGCUGACACUAUCUAGUGAUCUCAGUGGUAGACACGCUGUGUUUGAUUAUGCUGACGGACUGCAGUAUAAAGGCAAAUGAUGAAAAAGGUUAGCUCUGUCAAUAGAUAGUGAUGCUCAGAAGAAUUUAAACAGGAAAAUAGCAAAAUUAGAUUGGGGUGUUGGGGGGGGGGGUCCUCAUAGGAAGCUGUUAUUAAACGUGACUAUAACAAGUUUAGAAAAAUUUCUAUAAAUGCAUUUCGGUAUAAUUCCUAUGCUUCGAUUGUCUUUGGUCAAAGUUGAAGGCUUAGGCUAUCCACUAACCUGCUUCUGGUCUCAUAAACGGAUGGGGGUAAAUGGACACCCAUAGCUUUACUAAUUAAGUGUCCUGUUUGUCUCGAUCUACGCUUGUAGUGUCAGCUCAGCUUGUUUAUGAUGAUGUCUCACGGACACAGUAAAACAUACAUUCACCCCUCAAAAACAUCUUAUGUAUCAGUUAUCCAUUGUGUCUGAGGGAUACAGACAUCAUCAAUGUCUGGAAAAAUAUAAGAAAUAAACUGUAUGUUAUAAUUU